UGGUCGGUCGGUCGUGUAGUCGCUGGAUUAUACAGACACCGCGCGUACGAAAAUAAUAUCCAUCUGUUUGCUUAUUGUGAUAUAUUUUAGAACUGUUACCUCCAAAAUAUUGCCGAUAAUGUGUGCAGUUUACGUACCCCACGAUCUAACAUAGGGGCUUUGUUUUGUGUUCGCGAAGUGUUCGUGUGGUUUUGUUUUCGUAUCCGUAUAUUGUGAAUGGAUUUAUUAUAACCCGAUUAUGAAGGCGUGCUCGUCGUAAAAGAUAAAUCCAAAAAUGGUGAAAUGAUGUGAAAGCGAUGCUGCUGCAGCAGGCGUCCCCGGCACCUGGUCCCAGCGGCACGGCCAGUCCCAAGCUCCCCCCCAGUCCGCGCCCCUCCCCUAACUUCUCCCGGUUCAGCCCCAGCCUCAGCGAUGGGACGUCCAGCUCCAACAGCCCGAGGCUCGGCACUAGUCCCCGCAUGGCGAGCCCCAACUUGGGCGCCAGCCCCAGCUUGGGCGCCAGUCCCAAGUAUGGAAGUCCGCGGUUGGGUGGGAGCCCGAAGUGCGAGGGUGUGGAGGAUGAGGUGGCGCUGGAGAGGAUUCAGGCCGAGCUGAAGGAGGGCUGGACGGUCCACACGGGGAGAGACGGCAGACUCUACUAUUGCAAUCACGUGACCCGCACGGCGCACUGGCUGCCGCCGGCGGAGUGCUGGGCGGACGCGGGCGACGAGCUGCCCUACGGCUGGGAGCGGGCCCUGGACGCGCGCGGCAAGCCCUACUACAUCAAUCACGUCAACAAGACGACCACCUACGUGGCGCCGGUCGGCGGCGGGUGCGAGUCACCGCCGGCGCCGCGCGACGUCGUCCUGACGCGCGACCCCGACCUGGGGUUCGGCUUCGUGGCCGGCUCGGAGAAACCCGUGCUGGUGAGGUUCGUGACGGACAACUCGCCGAGUGUGGGGAAGCUGGAACCUGGUGACCAGAUCCUCUGCGUAAAUGGCGAGGAUGUGAGCACGGCAGCUCGCGAACACGUUAUCUCUGCCGUGCGCGCGUGCACUGACCGCGUAACGUUACGCGUGUGCCAGCCUGCGCGCACGGGCAACCUCGUGCGUCGCUCCGCGUUCCUGUCCGCGACGAAACGCGCGAGGCUCCGUGCGAGGCCGCCGCGCGUGCGGUUUGCUGACUCGGUGCAGUUGAACGGCGCUCCUAUGUACCCGCCCUCAGCCUUCUCUCUCGGCGACCUCUGUCUACCCCCUAUGGCGAACGUUCUCAAAGUUUUCCUCGAGAACGGGCAGACCAAGUCGUUCAAGUACGACGCGACCACAACUGUCGCGGACGUCGUCGCCAGUCUGCGCGACAAACUGUGCAUCACCGCCGGCGAGCACUUCUCGCUUGUGGUCGAACAUGUGAAGAGCUUGAGGCGGAAUAAACUGACGUUACUGGACCCGAAGGAGUCGUUGGCUAGGAUAGCAGCACGUCCCGGCUCCCACAAGAUGCGGUGCCUAUUCCGUGUUGCGUUCAUGCCGCGUUGUGCUGCCGACCUCGCUGCUCGCGAUCUCUCCGCUCUGGACUACCUCUACGUGCAGUCCUGUAACGACGUGCAACAGGAGCGUUGCGCACCCGAGCUCGCGCCAGACGCAGCGUUGCGGCUGGCGGCGUUACACGCGCAUCAGCUCGCGUUACAGCACAAUAUCGCCGCGAACAAGCUAAACGUCAAGAUUAUAGAGCGGGAGUUCGGUCUAGAACGGCUGAUUCCCGGCAGCCUGGCCGAGGGUAUGAAGCGGAAGGAGUUACGGCGGCUGCUGGCGCACUUCCUGAAACAACAUCAGCAGAUGACUGGCCCCAACAAACAGCUCACACAGCUACAGGCGAAACUCCACUACCUGGACAUAGUGGGCGGUCUACCGAGCUACGGCGCGAAGUGUUUCAGUUGCGCGCGCCCCGACAGAGUGCUGCUGGUGUCGCCGCGGCUCGGCCUCGCGCAUAUACUAAGCAGGGGCGCUCCUCCUCAACCAAUAGCCGAGUUCGAAGAAGUAGAGGGUAUAAAGGUGCGGGGGGCGGGCGGCGGAGGGGCGGACGUGCGGAUAUUGCUGUCUCACUCGCGCGAGCUGGCGUUAGUAAUGGACGAGCGAGACGCCGCCGAGAUGCCGCUAGCUGUGGCCGGGUAUUACCGUCUCACGACGGGUCAAGAAUUGAAUGUGGAGCUUGAGAGAGAACCCAUCACUGAGGAUAUUGCACCGCCAUAUGUAUCUCAACAUAACGUAGUUCCAACGAAAUGGAGUUACUUACAUCACGAGGAUCCUACAGUCGUCUCUAAGAAACACUUCGCAAUAUUCACGAUGCCCCCACCCUAUCACUCUACGCCUGACAUGAAAUCGAAUCUAGAUGAUAACAUGAACACCACAAUAUCAAACAGAAAUCAUUCAAAUAGCCCCCUAAUAGGAUACGAACCUAAGAGUAUUUCUGAACCAGAUUUCGAGAAGCACAAACCUAACGACGACUUUAAACUGUUCGAUCCAAACGAAACCUGCUAUUUAGAUGACGGCAUGGGCUUUGAUUUACAAAGCGUACUGUCUAUGGAACUAUUAGAAAAUGCUGGCGGUCAUCCGCGUUUAGUUGAAGCUAAGAAUGAGGCAGUUUUACGUAGAGUAGCCGAAAUGCAGAAAUUAGUUGAAAACUCUGAACAAUAUUUGACUGAAAACUGUGAUGUUUACGCUGAAAACGGGUACGAUGGCAUACUUAGGGACGAAUUAGUCGGUAGAGAAACUUGCGUGGACCCAGUAGAAAGCGAUACGGAGUCAGUUAAUAGUAGAAUGUCAGCUGCAGAUGAUGCGCCUGGUAUAUUGAAACAUAGCGACUCACUACUUCUAUUGACUGAAACUAUCAACCAGGGACUGAGUGGCUUAAGUGUUGGUGAAGUUAAAAAAGACUGCAAUACAGACUUAACGAACAGACAAUCUCAGGGUCUUAGUGCUAUACUCAACAAUUGUGGACUGACCGAUGCACUCUUAGCUCUGAAUAACGACAUGGCUUACUCUGAGAGUGAUAAUGAUUCAUCGUAUACACCCACAAGUAGCCCAAUAAGAAAACACCAAAAUAAAACAAAUAAUAAGGCCAACAGAACAAGCUUCGGUCUACACACCCCAGACGUGGCGACAGACAACAAGGAACCUAAUUUAAAAGAAUAUCUGAAACAACUAAGAGAAAAGAGUAGCAAGGAAGAAAAUACCGAAUCUCCAUGUUUCUACCAGGAGACUAUGGUAGACAAUGACGCUGAGCUUAUAGAUUUAACGCUAAUACCGCCUCCGCUGACUCCGGACGAGUUAGACUGUGCAACUCAAGUGCCUCAAGUAUUACCAGUAGUUCCACCGUCCUUUGCUGAUGAUAAGGAAAGUAGUGAAGCCAAAAGUAACGAUUUAGAAGAAUUCAUAGCUAACGUUACUGUCCAACCGCCAACAGUCAAAAUAACACCGGCGGUAGAACUGACCCCUGAGGAAAUAAUGUCGUAUAUAAUACCACCUCCUCCGGGCUCCAAUAAUUCUACUUUAGAUAGCAAUAACACUAAUUCAAUGCAACCUCGCAAACCAGUGAAUACUAUUGAAUCUAAAACUGGCAAAGUGACCGACACCAACACAAACGGCGAAGUAGUGAGAGGAGCCCUUAGCGUUAGUGAAAUAAGAAAUAUGUUUAAUUCAAAAGGUCUCAGUGACGCUAGAAAUAGUUUACUUUUGAAAGACAAAAGUAAAAACCAAACUAAAUCAGAUUCACCGAAAGGCAAAAGAAAGAGUAUAGUUAAUGAUAAGCAUCUCAACGGGAACGGGCACAUUAUAGAAUAUCCUACCGUCGAGAGAAAAGGUAUGUUCUCCUGCUGUAGUAAAGAUAAAAACAAAUCAGACGAGAGUAGCGACGAAACUGAAAAGAUCGGUCAAAUACAAAACUCGGAUUCUAUACCAGACGUCUGCGAAGUGAGACCUCCUCCGAAAAGAAAACCUGAAAUAAAGCCGCCGCAGCGACCACCGAAAAUUCCACCAGUGCCCGCACCUCGGCCAAGGUCCAACUCCUUUACGUGCCCCAACAACGAGUUGAGCGUCGUAGAAAUACCCAACAACCAAUUCAGUACGCUCAACAAUAGGAAACUAACCUACAAAGCGGUUUGCGAGGCCAACGUAGGUACGGGCCCACCACAGAUACCGCCCCGAUCGCAGGAAAGGGUUCUAUCCCCACCUACCGUGCUUCUACCUCCCAAAAAACCGCCCCUACCACCAGUACCUAGCAUAGAAGUGUUACGACUGAAGACUGCCAAGCUAUCUCCUGUGCGAACAUCAGAAAGACUAGCCAGCAUAGGAUCUCCGCACCUCCAACGAAAUCUCAGCACAUACAAGAAUCUAGAGAACGAAACUUUACCCGAAGAACAGAGCGUAAAAAUCAGCAUACAACCGUAUUCCACGCUUCAAACGAGACACAUCCGCUCAAAUUCCGAAACGAAGUCCACGAUACUCAAAAACCGGGAAAUUUCUACCGGACUAUCUCUCUGCUCGCCUCAAAUGAACCGGCGGUUCAACAACCGGCCGGACAUUCUGAACGGUGCUCCUGGCUCCGACCAAAAAGUUUUUUCGCCUCCUACAGACCGGAAAGUAUUCCGGAAAGACAAUGACAGUCCGACCCCCACUCCCAAGUCCCAGAACCACGUCCGAUUCAAGGACGUUGACGAUAUCCCUACACCACCCUCACCACCUACAAUAAAGUUCCCGGAGUUGGGCAACAACGGCCACAUUUCUAUAGAGAACCUCCUCUGCAAGACGGAAUUGGCGGUGGACGGGUUACUGGCGCGGCUGCACCAGGUGGCGCAGAAGUGCUCGCACCAGCACGCGCACGGCGGCGGAGAGGACAUCGAUGAAGUUAAGUUCCAGCGUGCGCGCAGCGAGCUAACAUCAUGUGCAGUGUCGCUAGUGGGAACUUCCCGCGCGCUCGUGGGGGCACUAGGCCCAGGGUCGGGACUGGGCGCGCCCGCGGGUAGCUCCGCCACUGCCGCCGCGGGACCCCCUGCACCCCUGGCGUUAGCGGACUGUCUGACGCCCCUGAGACGACUUGCUGACCUUGCACAGGCACUCGGCAGGCACACAUCAGCACCGUUACAGACUAGGAACCUAGUAUUACGCGUGUACGAUGUCACCGCCGCGUUCAAAGAUCUAGCGGGAGCGGAGAUGGCACAGAUCAUACAUGACCACAACGCCAGGACCACACAGGGGACAGGCCAGGAGAAUUCCACGCUAGAAGGCCAACUGGCCCUCCGAGCCGAAUGCCUCGCCAACGUCCUGGCAACACUGCUCCGAAGCCUCCGAGUGUUCUCCCCCUAGUUUGACAAUGACAGCCGCUGUCACUGUCAAAUUUCCCGCCAAAAGGACACAGAUUAUAUACAUCACAGAUUAAUAUAUACGAGUUUAAUUUAAUGUAGUGUUAACGAUAAGUUAUAUUCCGUUGUACGACCAUUACUAAAAUGAGACCAAAUAGUUAGAUGUGUUAUAGUUGGCGACGUAUUUUCUUUAAGUUGUAGUUUGUAUAUUCUAACGGAUGUUAUGUUUUAUUGUUAUGAUGUUGUUUGGAUUCGCGUAUGGCCUAGGUUAGAUGAUUUACGAGGAUUAUGAGUUUUUACGCUAAUUUUUCAGCUAAUGACUAGGCCAGUGGCUAUGAGACACUUAUCACUAGUGGUAAUCGUGACUGGAUACGAAAUAUAAUUUAUCGCUUUGUGGUUAAUAACUUGGUGCUGAUUUGAAUUGGUACACUAACUGGCAACAGUAACACUGGUCCAGUGCUGAACAAACAUUGCUUCUAUGUAAACAAUGGAUGCUUGGCUAGAUUGAAGCAUUGAUGCAGUGUUGUUCCAGCGACAUAAUUCAGUAAUGUUGCCAGUAGUCUAAAUGAAUUCAAAUCAGUCCAAAUAUAAUGUAUCUCUAAGGGCAGCUACUAUGUGUUACAUUCGAUAGAGUUUGUCGCUUAUAUCACUCGAUAUACGGUAUGUAUGAUUAUAAUAUUUAUUUGUGGUAAAUAUUUCAUAAUCAACACUAUUAGUCGAGUAUUUCAAAGGAAUUGCACAAAAUAAUUUAGAACGCUUCUAAAUAAUAAAAUCCAAAUUGUGUUCUAAAAACGCAAAAUGUUUUUUUCUCUGGUAAAACUUAGUCGGUAUAUUCUAGUGUAAUUUACGACUUUAUUCCAUCCAUAACGACAAAUAAAAGUUUUUUUGUGAAUCAUUUAAAUAAUUGUAGGUACAUUUAUAUAGUAGUGUAAAUGAGAAGUUAGUUAGAAAGUUAGUUUUCUAUGCCCAGAUUUGGGUUCAAAAGUCGCGACUACCACUGGUCUAGAGAAGGCAUAUCGACAAUGCUCGUAAAUUAAAAAGUAAAAAUGUUACCAUAGCAAAUAAAUAAGUUUUAAAAAUGUUAACAUAUCUAUUUACUUACACUAUACUGUAUAUUUUCUAACUUUAGGUAUGUGUGAUUUUAAAAUAGGGUGCAAAAUGUAAUCGUAACUGUAUCAUAAAUUGAUAAUAACAAAAAAUGUGGAUGCAUUUCGUUUCAUAGAUGGCGUUGUUUUCGUUCUGCGUUGCUAGUUAAUGUUGCCAGCGUUACGUGCUAAUAUUUGAUAUUGGUGCUAUUUUAUAAUGUUUGUAUUGUAAUUGGUUAUGACUUGCACCAGUGAUUUGACUUCAUUUUUUGGUAACUCAAUGCCAUGAACUUAUAUUUUUAUUCUAUUUUUCAUCGUUUCUUAUUAGAAACUGGUUUUACGACUUUUUAUAUAACUACAGACUUUAAAGUAAGGUUUUGUGGUAUUUUAAACUACUGCAUGUGAUUAGAAACAUUUCUAAUUAAAUAUUUAAGAGAUUUUUUUCAAAAUCUUGAAGUCUGUAGUUAAAUAAUUUUCUUCUAUUCAUGAGUAUUACUCGCCUGCAAAGUACAAUUUAUUUUCGAUAGUAUAUGUUCGCCAAAGAAGAGUCUUAUGUACGCCUCAUUCAUUCCUUUCUAGCUUAUCAUGGUAAAAUUGAUAUAUUUACGGAGAUAUAUUUAUUCCACUUUCCGUAUAUUCCAUAGGAUAAAUAAUAAAUAUGAAUAGUUGAAAACAGGUACACGUCAAAAGCACAAACGAUAUUUGAACUGAGAUAUUUGAAGGUAGAUAAAUUAAAUUAAAAAAAAACAAUCUGUCAUUUUUGAAAAUGGAAAUCCGAUAAAAGUUUUUUUUCUUGUUUUUUAGAUUAGCAAAGACAUAAUAUUAUCCUGUAUAGUUUUUGGCGUGUAUAUGUUUGGGGAACAUUGUAUGAUAGUGUAUAACUAGUGACAAUAUACAGGUACGACCAUGUUAUUACACCGACAUUAUUUAUCGACUAAACCACAAUGCAAUGCAUUUGAUGUAAUAAAUGAUUUUAAUCAA